AUGGAGCCCCUGGCCGGCUCUCGUCCUCAGGCUCCAGAGCCUCCAAAGUUUUGUCCACGUCCACGGCGACGCCGGGGUCCCCGCCGGCAGCCCGCGCCCCCGGGUUUGGGCCGAAGAACGCCGCCGCGGGCACGUGCGGCGCUGCACGCGGAUCCCGGCAGGGGCGCCCCGGCCAGGUCCGCCCGGCUGCGCUUCCCGAGGGGCCGUUUCCGGAGCCCUCCCUGCCGACGGAGGCCCCGGGGCGCACGGGACCGCCGAGCCCCGGCCCUGCCAGCCGCCGCGGGCCGGGGGCCGCACCCCUGCUCACCCUCCAGUCGGCGUGCGCGGCCCGCACCUGCUCCGCGGGGAUCCCGCGCUGCGAGCCGGCCGCGCCGACCUGCCCGGCCCGCGGUCCCCGCGCGCCGGCCCCGCCCCCCGCGCGCCGGCUCCGCCCCCGCGCGCCGGGCCCGCCCCCGUCCGCCGGGCCCGCCCCCGCCCCGCCCCGCGCCGCGCCGGACACCCCGCCCCGAGGAGGCGGCCCGGCCCCGGCGGCCGCGUAGGGAGGCUGGUGGCAUGGGGCAGCCGCCGUUGCCGCCGCACGCACGGUCGUCCCCGGCGAGCCCAGGCGCUGCUCGGAGCGCGGGGGGCCGCGCACGCGGAGGGGGGCGCCUCGGGGCGUGA